AUGGCUGGUGAAUUAGAGAUACUUCUGGUGGCAUGGGAAGGGUGGGGGAUCCAAGUGAUGGUGCUCCUGAGUUUCACAGUGCAGGUCACACUCCUCCUUUUGGCAGAUAUUCGUCGCCGCAACGACUCCACCAUGCUUAAAUUCAUCAUAUGGUCAGCAUACAUGCUGGCCGACACGACAGCGUUAUACGCCUUGGGACACAUGUCCCUGGUGAGUAGGUCACCGGAGCAGCAGCUCAUGGUGCUGUGGGCACCGUUGCUGCUAGUGCACCUUGGCGGGCAGGACAACAUCACGGCCUAUGCCAUUGAGGACAACCGACUAUGGCUGCGUCACCUGCAUACUUUUGGACUGCAGGUCCUCGCGGCUGGCUAUGUCUUGUAUGCAUCUUCCGUCCUGGGCAGCCGGACCUGGGUUCGUCCGGCUGCCAUUCUCAUGUUUGUGGUCGGGGUUCUCAAGUAUGAGGAAAGAGUAUGGGCACUCAUGUGCGCAAGCAAUUCUGCCAGUAGCAGCCUAUCCGCCACAAGCUACAAGGAUUUCCGCACCGGGCAACACCAGCAGUUGGUGCCGGAGGGAGAUGGUGUGCAAUAUCAGCAGUUGGCACCGCAGGGACACGAUGAGCAACAUCGGCAGUUGGCUUCAGACGGAGCCCAUCAGGGAAACCAGAAAGACCUACUAUUUUUAGCUUUCACAUUGUUGGACGUUCCCAAGCAAUUGUUCGAGGGGCCGGCACGUUUUGUGAAAAUCAAUAGGGAUCACAGUUUUGAAGGACGGGAGAUGUUGGAGGUGGUCGGAAUGCAACUAUCUAUGAUGUACGACUUGCUGUACACCAAGGCUGCGGUGGUCCACACUUGGUAUGGUAGGUGCAUCCGUGUCAUCACACUGCCGGCCACAGUCACGGCAUUACUGUUGUUCCAUAGAUCAAGUGACAAACAUGGUUACCACAGAAUAGAUGUGGUUGUCACUUAUGUUUUGUUGGGUGGUGCGGUCAUCUUGGAGACCACAUCAGUAUUACGGACCAUGUUCUCCAAAUGGACAUAUGCAUUCAUGUUAGAAAAGAAAUGUGCAUUGCUUGCUCCUGUGGUUCGACAUACUCGCAGAAUACAUAAAAGUGACUUGCGGGGUUACAUGGGGCAACAUGAGUUGUUUCGCCUGUGCGCUCACAGUAGGAAUAAUACAAGCAGCAAAAUUGCCAGAUGGAUGGGACGGGAGGACCAGUGGGACUCCAUGGCUUACUCCUACUCCAUCCCCGUCCCGCUUCUUAUCAUUCAGAAGGUGUUGAAACUAGUGUCUACUAGGGAGCCAAGCCAAUUUGACAUCACCAACUCACGGGGCCGGAAUGCCCUAAGGAGGUAUAGUGCCUUGAGCUCUAAUGGAAUGGAACAUGGAGUUGGUGAUGAUGUAUUAUUGGACCUGGAAUGGACUGUGGAGUUGGACCUGGAUGAGAGCAUCCUCAUGUGGCACAUCGCCACCCGCCUCUUCCUCGGCUGGUUGGAUGCGAAGAUAAUGGUGGUAUGGCGUGAGGAGGACCGUGGUCCAGACCUUACUAAUCUUUUCCUGGCAACCGGUGCGAUGUCCAAUUACAUGUUUUUCCUGCUUGCUGCGCGCCCAUACAUGCUGCCUUACCCUGUUAGUCGACAAAGGUAUGUUCAACUCUGCUAUGAUAUGAUAAAUUGCUUGGAGUACACCGGGAAUUGUGAUCUGCUCAGGGUCAUCUGGGACCAUGGGACUGCACAGCUCGAGGGAUCUCUGGUUACAAUUUAUCCUCCAGGAGUCAGUGUCAAUCUUAUAUUGGACAGAGGAUCUCGGCUUGGUGCAAGGCUGAUCAGAAAACAUGAAGACAGCAAUACGUUAUCUAUGUUUGAACGUAGCAAGAUGCUAUCAGUUACACUGGAGGUGAUCUUUGAAGUAUGGGUGGAGAUGUUGUGCCACACGGCCUACUGGUGCAACGAGAACUCUCAUGCCAAACACCUGAGCAGUGGUGUGGAGAUCAUGACCACCAUUUCCCUUCUCAUGAUAUACAUGUCAAGUGGUUUUAUUAACAAAAAUGAAAGGUCCCAUGCACCGGACAUCCAUGCGGCUCCUAGAGGAGCCAGAUCCGGAAAUGUUUAA